UUGAUUUUCAAUUUUUAUAAUUUAGAUCAAAUAAAAAUGGCCUCAUUGGACUUGGAUGAAGAAUUACUCAAAGAUGAAGAGUUAGUWGCAAGUAUUCAAAAUUUGGACCAUUCAAUUGUUGAUAUUGAAACAUUACUCGAAUCACGAAUGAAUAUAGAUUACAACUCUCUAACAGUGGAAGAAAAAAUUAAGCAUGAUCUACUAAUUGCAUUUGCAUUGAAUAGUUUGUAUUGGGUUUACCUGCGAUUGGAUGGUGUUGAUCCAACUACUCAUAAUAUAAAACGAGAAUUAGAUCGUGUAAAAUCAACUAUGGAUAUGGCUAAAGGUGCUAUGGCCAAAAAAAAUAUGUUAAGAGUUGAUAAAAAAGCUGUUGAAAGGGUUAUUGAUCAUGCUCUUUGGACACCAGAAGAUAAAAAACGUAGGUUUCAAAAUAUGGGAAACCAAAAUAAAAAAAUAAAAUUUGAUGAAAACGGCGACCCAUCGAAAUAAAAUUAUUUAAAAUAACUUGUUUUGU